GCGAUCUUUUUUCUGGACAAUAUUGCACUGGUGAUCAGGAGAAUCUCUCGUCCUCCAUGGUUGCUUUCACCUGCACCUCCCAACCGCCGGUUUCCCUCCGGACGGAGAUGAGUCUCUCUUCGCCACCGAGAGCUUCUCUAUCUGGUCGACGGAUGUUCGCCGUUUCGCCGGAAUCCGGAGGAUUAAGGACCUGUCUCUCUCUCUCUCUGGCUUCGUUGACCUCGAAGGGUCCUAGGGUUUCCCGACAACGAAGAAGUGUCGUCUGUGAAGCUCAGAACACUACCACCGACAUUCCAAUUGUCACUGAUUCGACGUGGGAGUCUCUGGUUCUCAAGGCCGAUGGACCUGUGCUGGUCGAUUUCUGGGCACCCUGGUGCGGACCUUGCAAAAUGAUCGACCCGAUCGUGAAUCAGCUCGCUCGAGAAUACGCCGGGAAAUUCAAGUUCUAUAAACUAAACACGGAUGACUCUCCUUCAACCCCGAGCCAGUACGGGGUGAGAAGCAUACCGACAAUCAUGAUCUUCGUGGGUGGUGAGAAGAAGGAUACAAUCAUCGGAGCUGUGCCCAUACAAACACUCAAAGCAAGCAUAGACAAGUUCUUGCAAUGAGAGUAUCAGCAAUGUGAGGUCUUCUCUUCACUUGCUUUUCUACCCCUAUCUUCUCCUUCCUCUGCUGCAUCAAUGGCGACUCAUCUAGAUCGUCAUACUGUGUCAUGACUGAGAUAUCCAAGGCAUUGGAUAACUGGAUGGCAUGACAUGGAAUGGAACAUGUGUGGAGGUUAGAUGAAAUUGAGUCGAGACAUGCUUAGCCUUUUUUUGCCUUUUUGCCUAUUGGGAUAGAGGGAUAACGUCAGCUUGCGGCCA